UCCCCCCUGCCCCUGGGUCGCUCUUUUUAAGCUCCCCUGAGCCGGGGCUGCGCUCCUCUAAUUGGGACUCCUAGCCCGGGCUAUUUCUGGCGCUGGCGCGGCUCCAAGAAGGCAUCCGCAUUCGCUACCAGCGGCGGCGGAGCCAGGCCGGUCCUCAGCGCCCAGCACCGCCGCUCCCGGCAGCCCCGAGCGCGCACCGCAGGCCGGCGGCCGAGCUCGCGCAUCCUAGCCAUCGCUUCAUCUGCUCUGUAGAGAAGGGAAGAUGAGCGAAUCGAGCUCGAAGUCCAGCCAGCCCUUGGCCUCCAAGCAGGAAAAGGACGGCACUGAGAAGCGGGGGCGGGGCAGGCCACGCAAGCAGCCUCCGGUGAGUCCUGGGACCGCGCUGGUAGGGAGUCAGAAGGAGCCCAGCGAAGUGCCAACACCUAAGAGACCUCGGGGCCGACCAAAGGGGAGCAAAAACAAGGGUGCUGCCAAGACCCGGAAAACCACCACAGCUCCAGGAAGGAAACCGAGGGGCAGACCCAAAAAGCUGGAGAAGGAAGAAGAAGAGGGUAUCUCGCAGGAGUCCUCGGAGGAGGAGCAGUGACCAGCCUGCUCUGCAGCCUGCUCCGGACCCGACCCGAGGAGCCGUUUCUUCUGGGACUGGACAGCUUCGCUCUGUUCCCACGCCCCUGACCCUCUCCCCAGGCCCACGCAUCACCGUCCCCUCCUGGCACCAUCACCCUCCACGCGCCUCACCACCACACACUACACAGCACACCAGCCGCUGUAGGCCCCCAGGGUCAAGUGGGGAGCAGUUUUCCUUUGGUUUGGUUCCCAGCGAUCCCUCCCUGCCACGCACACACACACACGCCCUCCAGGACAAGGCUAAUGUCCCACUUAGCCGCACCCUGCACCUGCUGCGUCCCCUUCCUCUCGGGGCUGGGGACAUUGCUGUCUGGGCUCUCCUGCUCUCCCACUCUUCCCUCUAGCUCCGCAUAAAGGGGCUUGGGUGGGCUCCCCUGGCCUUAAAGGGGCCCAAGCCCCAUCUUCUGACAUGCCUCACUCCACUUUACUGGUAGCAGCAGGUGUGGCCAGUGGAGGUGGGUGUUUGGCCUGUGGAUGCCUCCACCCUGUCACCAGGUGGGCUCAUACCUCCCUUUCUUCCUCCCCCACCUUCCUGAGUCCCUGUGCUAGGUUGGACAGUGACCCUCCUUUGGGGCACAGGAAUGAAGGCAGGAGGGAUUUGAGCCCUCUUUCUCCUCUGUUUGCAUUGAUGGGGGCCCUGAGUCAUCAGUUACCCAGGUGGGCUCGAGGAGGCCCAGGGUCCCUGUGGCAGCCACUUAAGGUGGACUGGGACCAUGCACCCACCCUGUCUGCUUCCGCCGUAGCCUCAGUUUCCCACUUCAGAUGGGGCACUAAUACCAAGGAGCUAGCCUUGCCCACUCCCACCCUUCCUGCUCCUCCCUGCCCCCCAAGGUUCUGGUUCCAUCUUUCCUCUGUUCACAAACUACCUCUGGACAGUUGUGUUGUUUUUUUGUUCAAUGUUUCAUUCUGGGACAUCCGUCAUCGCUGCUGCUGCUCCCAGCGCCAAAUGUUCAUCCUCAUCGCCCCCCCUUCUGCCCACAUUCCCCUCCUCCGAGAUGCUCGCUCUUCAAGGGGAACGGGGCUGCGGUGCAGCAGGCUGGGUAACUGACUACCCCAGUUCCAGGGCAGUUGGGGCCCUGCCCCCAGGACGCUGCAGCAGAGUGAGGAGGGGAGGCCCAUGUUGACCGGUGAGGGUAUAGGGGCCACCCUCUCCCCUUGUUCCAUUGGGGAGGGGGUAGCCAUUAUUUGUCCCAGCCUGGGGCCCCCUUCUGGUUUCCUAUUUGCAGUUACUUGAAUAAAAAAUUAUCCUUUUCUGGA